UUGACAGCACUGGCGUCCUCCCGCUGAUGCGCGCCGCGGCGGGAUGGCCGAAGAGCACAGACUCAUCCAGAAUGUAGACACUCCGCCGAGCAAAACACACCUAGACGCUUCAAAUCAAUUCAUUUGCCUUAGUAUUUUGACGUCUUAUACCUCAUACGACCACGGUGUUCGGUUAUUGAACAGUAUUUGGUUGUGCAUUUUGUCAUGCUUCUUGUCUUGCACUUUCUUCACAACUUUACGAGAGAGCAAGUUUUGACGUGAAGACCUGGAUGUCACACUGCUCUUUUUAGCAUAUCAACAUGUGGCAUGGGGCUUUUGGGCUGUUUCUCACGCGAUCGUCCUGGAACGAGACCCGGAGAGGAGGUCAUGAUUCACAUUAACUGCAUGAAGAAUUUCCUUGUGCUAAGAUGAAUGAGAAACCCAACAAAUGGAUUUUCAUCCCAGUUUUAGCCUUUCUUUUUGUCAUGAUUGGGUACCAGUAUAUUUGUCCGGCAGGCGGUCAGGCUUGUCAUUUCAGGACUGGAGACAAACUCGUGAGGAUCGCGCCUCUGGCCACCCCGGACCCGACCACCGACGACCUGUACCGGGAGCCGGACCCGGAGGAAGACAACCCACCUAAAUGCGCAUCCAAAUUCAACUUUACGGAACGCGACCUGACGCGGGAUGUCGAUUUUAACAUCAAGGGAGACGAUGUGAUUGUGUUUCUGCACAUUCAGAAGACGGGAGGGACCACAUUUGGCAGGCACCUGGUCAGGAAUAUUCGCUUGGAGCAGCCGUGCGACUGCAAAGCGGGACAGAAGAAAUGCACGUGCCACCGGCCGGGUAAGCAGGAGUCCUGGCUCUUCUCGAGGUUUUCCACGGGCUGGAGCUGCGGGCUGCACGCGGACUGGACGGAACUGACCAACUGCGUGCCGGUGAUUAUGGACAAAAGGCAGCCUCCAAAGCGCAAGAGGAACUUCUACUACAUCACCAUGCUGCGAGACCCAGUGUCCCGCUACCUGAGCGAGUGGAAGCACGUGCAGCGCGGAGCCACUUGGAAGACCUCGCUCCACAUGUGCGACGGCCGUUCCCCCACACAGGACGAGCUGCCCACCUGCUACAACGGAGACGACUGGUCGGGGGUCACCCUACACGACUUCAUGGACUGCCCUUCAAACCUUGCCAACAACAGGCAGGUGCGCAUGUUGGCUGACCUCAGCUUGGUGGGCUGCUACAACCUCUCCACCAUGAACGAGAGCGAGCGAAACCCCAUUCUCCUGGCCAGCGCCAAGAGUAACCUCAAAAACAUGGCUUUCUACGGCCUGACCGAGUUUCAACGCAAGACGCAGUAUCUGUUCGAGCGUACUUUCCACCUUCGCUUCAUUUCCGCCUUCACGCAGAUCAACAGCACGCGGGCCGCUAAUGUGGAGUUGCGGGACGACAUGCGUAGCCGGAUAGAGCAGCUCAAUGUGCUGGAUAUGCAGCUGUAUGAGUUCGCCAAAGACCUCUUUCUACAGAGAUAUCAGUUCGUCCGACAGCGUGAGCGGCAGGAGGAGAGAUUGAAGAGGAGAGAGGAAAGACGGUGGAUUAGAGAGCGCAGAGUCAACCAGAGCAAAGAGCCCAUUGUGGAGAACCAAACUCGGGUCACCACCACUGAGGACUAUGCCAGCCAAGUGGUCCGUUGGUGAUGCCACUUGAAAAAUUCAAACAAAUAAACAAAUACUGGGACAUAGAGAGCGUAAAGCGACACUGGAGGAAAAGGUGGACUCAGUUUAGUACUCAUUGGUCCCCUUUAAAUAAAUACACAAUCAAACAGACAAACAAAUAAAUAAAAAACUAAAGAUUUUAAUUUAAAUAACUGCCUUAAGCAGUAUUUUUGUCAUGGUUUUCAGCAAAUAUCACCCUAGUUUUGUAUUUUUUAACACUAAUGCAAUAAAUUAUUUCAUAUCUGUGCCUUUUAAACCAACAACAACAAAACAACUGGGUAAGAAUUUUCAAUUUGAAGAGACAAUAAUGUUUGAAAUUGAAUAAUCAUUA